UUAUUUCUCUCUUCAGUUGUUUCACUUUAUUACAACUUUUUGAAAUCGGUUGUAAUUUUUUUAGUCGCAGAUAUUUAUGUUGCUGUUUAAAUGUAUUUGUAUAAUGAUAUGACACCAUUUUUUUCCCUCAGGUACCGUCAGCUUCGGCGGAGGGUCACUGCAUAUGGUAUGGAAUUUGUUCAAACACGACAACCAGGCAAAAAAAUUGUUAUUACGAUGGACCAGCUAAACGCUUGGAUGAUCCUGGAAUGACAAUAUUAGAGAAAUAUUGUCCAGAGUUAGCCAAAGAUGGAUUGACGUGUUGUGACACGAAGCAACUACAAAACAUCCAAACCAGCAUCAAGAUGGCGGAGAUCCUGGCCCGUUGUCCAUCUUGUAUGGAUAAUUUUUUGAAGCACAUUUGCGGCAUGACUUGUUCGCCGCGGCAGAGCGAUUUUAUUAAGCCAGUUAAAGUGGAACAGUUCAAUACAACCCACAAAAUGGUGAUGGAGAUUGACUAUCAUCUUGGGGCAACGUAUAUGAACACAACUUAUAGUUCUUGUUCACAAGUGCAAAUGCCGUCGACCAAUCAAAUGGCCAUGGACAUAAUGUGUGGCGACUACGGUAGUGCAUACUGUACACCGCAGCGGUGGUUCGACUUCAUGGGUGAUGCGGAGGUGCCCUUCGUGCCGUUCCAGAUAAACUACCUCAGCGGAGAUGAACCCGUUGAUGGGUUCACCCCAUAUAAUCCCCCCACUAGACCAUGUAAUGUUGGCGUGAAUGGGCAACCGGGUUGCUCAUGCUUAGACUGCGCGUUAUCGUGCCCUGCUCCCCCGCCGCCCGCUCCAGCACCCCGCCCCUUCAGCAUACACGGCGUAGAUGGUUACGCCGUUGUCAUGGCGAUAGUCUUCGUAAUAUUCACCACACUCUUCCUAAGUGGAGUCUACUGUUGUAACCAACCGGAUAAUACUAUUGACGGGUGGGCGAGGGCGGCUGAGGCACGACGUGGCGGCCCCGAGACCAGUCCGCUGCACAGCCACAGAUCCAGUGUAGCAUCUGACAAUAAUCAAGAGAUGACCUCAAACUCGCGUCCGUCAGGAUGGCACAUUGAUCAACCGGAUGGGGCGGAGAGCGCAACAUUCUUCGAGAGACUCGGUGCCGACGCCGAGACUAAGUUGGAGGAUUUCUUCCAGUGGUGGGGGCACCUCAUGGCUUCUAAACCUUGGACUGUGCUAUUCAUUGGAUUUUGCGUCAUCGUAGCACUCGGCCACGGUAUGAAAUACAUCCAAUUGACAACGAACCCCGUGGAAUUAUGGGCUUCGCCUACUUCAAGGUCUCGUAUUGAGCGAGAGUAUUUCGAUUCGCACUUUGAACCUUUCUACCGUACCGAGAUGAUCAUUAUCAGCUCUAAGGGCCUGCCCAAUAUAGAAUACGAGUCGCCAUCGGGAACUAUCAUGUUUGGACCUGUGUUCAAUUCCACAUUCAUGCUGGAAGUGCUGGAUUUGCAAAAGAAAAUCAUGGCAAUCAAAGGCAGCACUGGUAUAGAAGAUAUAUGUUUUUCGCCACUUUCGUCUCCUUUCACGGGCCCUGUCACACCAGAUCUGUGUACAGUACAGUCAGUAUGGGGCUGGUGGGGCAACGACGAUGCUGAUUUUAUAAGCGACUUAGAAGACAAUGCCUACCUUGAUAAGAUCAUCAAGUGUUCAAAGAAUCCCUACAUGUGUUUAGCACCUUACGGUGGCCCGGUGUUGCCAGCAGUCGCUCUGGGUGGAUUUUUAGCUCCCGGAGAACCUCUAAGCAAGAAGUCCCGCUACCACGAAGCCGACGCCCUCAUAAUUACCAUAUUAGUCAACAAUAAGCAUGAUAAGAAACUCCUCAAACCGGCUCUUGAUUGGGAGAAAGAAUUCAUUGCAUUCAUGAAGAACUACACGGAGAACUAUAUGCCCUCAUAUAUGGAUAUCGCUUACACAUCAGAGAGGUCGAUAGAGGAUGAACUGGAUCGCGAGUCGCAGUCGGACGUGUCGACAAUUCUCGUCUCUUACUUCAUCAUGUUCGCUUAUAUCGCCAUCUCACUCGGACGGUUCACUAGUUUCUCGAGAUUGCUCAUCGACAGUAAAGUUACACUUGGCCUUGGAGGCGUGCUGAUAGUUUUAGCAUCUGUAGUAUGCUCGGUCGGUAUGUACGGUUUCAUAGGAGUGCCUGCGACCCUGAUCAUAGUGGAGGUGAUACCGUUUUUGGUGCUCGCCGUGGGAGUGGACAACAUAUUCAUAUUGGUUCAGACUAGUCAAAGAGAUGCGAGAUUACCUGACGAGACUGUCGCUGAACAUAUUGGACGCACCCUAGGCACGGUUGGUCCGUCGAUGCUGCUAACGUCUGCAUCAGAGUGCGUGUGUUUCUUCCUCGGAGCACUAUCUGAUAUGCCGGCGGUGCGCGCUUUUGCUCUGUACGCCGCUGCGGCCCUGCUUGUAGACUUCUUGCUGCAGGUCACGUGUUUCGUGGCACUGCUGGCCCUAGAUACUCGUCGUCACAUUGACAACAGGUACUGUUGCUCAGAAUAUAAUAGUGUAACCAAUAGGUUUAUUCCAAUCCGUUUGAAAUAAAAAGAAAAAAAUCAUUAAACAAAUAUGUCAGAAAAAUAAAUAAGUUUUCUUGCUUUUGAGACAAAACGCUGUCCAUCAUAUUCAUAAAGUCAUUGUGAUCUGUACACAAAAUAGAUGCAUUUAGUGGGAGAUUAAAAUAUGUCAAUAAAACAAGAACAAUGUCAUAUAACGAUCGAUUGAGAAAUAAUAAGAUAUAAAUAAGCUAAGAACAGCGCUAUCCAGACAUUUGGUUUAUAAUUAAUAAGUAUAUCUGUAUGACUAAUCUGGCAGUUGUCGCCUCAGUGACGUCACACAAUGGCGGGGACGUAUUUCAAGUGACGUGACACACAGACAAAAUAUUAAGUCAUCAAAGUCAUUUAAGACGCAAUUUUUGUUUUGUGCAUUUUCGUGACUAUUGGUUACUCUGACAAGUAGUUAUUAAUUUAGUCUAUAUUUUACCUACGUAUUCAUGCUAUAGUGUAAAUAAUAAUAACUUACAGGUUCGACGUAUUGUGUUGCAUGCAAGGCAAAAAAGAGGAAAGUCCUUCUGCUGGCGACGGUGCGUUGUUCAACUUGUUCAGACAAAUCUACGUACCGUUCCUCAUGAAGAGGGAAGUAAGGGCUUCCGUUAUGAUCAUCUUCUUCGCCUGGCUCUGUUCUUCGGUGGCUGUGGCGCCUCAUAUAGAAAUCGGCCUCGAUCAAGAACUCUCCAUGCCUCACGAUAGUUUCCAAUUGAAGUACUUCCAGCAUCUAAAUAAGUAUCUUAACAUCGGACCACCAGUAUAUUUCGUGGUGACAGACGAGCUUGAUUACUCGGACCGAGAGACACAGAACAUGAUAUGCGGCACACGCUUCUGUCGCGAGGACAGUCUCGCCAUGCAACUCUACUCGGGUAAAUAUACAGAAUGCCUUGUUUUUACAUAUAUAACUUACACACAUUGUUUAUUAUCACUGUUUGAGAGUGAAAGUAUUGUAGUGUAGUUUUAAAUUUGACAAUCAUUAACUAACACAAUGUUUUUUACAGCAUCCCGCACUCCCAACGAAACAUACUUAUCUCAGCCUCCCAACUCAUGGCUAGACGACUUCUUUGACUGGGCGUCGCUCAGUAAUUGCUGCAAAUACUUCCCAGGGAACAGCAGUUUCUGUCCCAACGAUUACUAUAAUGAAAAGUUAACAUGUGAUUCUUGCAACAUACCUCUGGUUGGGAGGGAGCUUCGCCCCAGUCCGGGUGACUUUAAGCAUUACGUACCGUUCUUCCUGCAAGAUAACCCCAACGAGAAUUGUGCUAAAGCGGGACAUGCUGCUUAUGGCCAAGCUGUCAACUAUAGAAUGCUGAAUUCCUCGCAGGCAUCCGUCGGCGCCACAUAUUAUCAGGGUUACCACACGGUAUUGAAGUCGAGUAUGGAUUAUUACUCAGCGUUGCGUGCCGCUCGUUCUAUCUCUGCCAACUUAACGGAAACGCUGAAUAGAAAUCUGAAGGAACAAGGCAAGAACACAACCAAUGUUUUCCCGUACUCGGUGUUCUACGUGUUCUAUGAACAGUACCUGACUAUGUGGCCGGAUACAUUGAAGAGUAUGGGAAUAUCUGUGCUCUCUAUAUUCAUUGUCACCUUCGUGCUGAUGGGAUUCGAUUUGUUUUCGGCUUUGGUGGUAGUUAUAACUAUUACCAUGAUAGUUGUGAAUCUUGGUGGUCUCAUGUACUGGUGGAGUGUCAGUCUAAAUGCUGUAUCACUAGUUAACUUGGUGAUGGCGGUGGGUAUAGCGGUGGAGUUCUGUUCGCAUUUGGUGCAUAGUUUCGCUAGUGCUGGUGGCGGGUCCCGCGUGUCCCGCGCGGCUGUAUCAUUGGCGACCAUGGGCUCCUCCGUGCUGUCAGGCAUCACGCUCACCAAGUUUGGUGGAAUUAUCGUACUGGGAUUCGCCAAGAGUCAGAUCUUCCAGGUGUUCUAUUUCCGCAUGUACCUGGGAAUCGUGCUGGUGGGCGCCGCGCACGGUCUCAUCUUCCUGCCCGUAAUGCUCAGUUAUAUUGGUUCCCCAGUGAACAAACAAAAAUUGGCCAAUCAGAUUCUGCGUGGAAAAGAGACAGGAGUAGCGGAAACCUCGCUUACACGAGUACGCUUGUAAAACGCCAGAAAACAGAAAACUUAGUACAUUAAUUUAUUUGUUGGUUUUGUAUAUUGUUUUUUGCACUGUAUUAUUAUUCUUAGUGAUUCCCAAAGAGAUUUACGUUAACGCUUAAUAGGCACCUUCCUAUGUUCCUAUUGACAGUGUUUUCAUGUUUUAAUGCAAUCUAAUUUAAUUUAAAAAAUGUACAUUAUAAAGAUAGAAGAAUGAUUUGUAAUUAUAAAGAACAAAAUUAUAAUAGUUUAACAAAUUUUUACAACACCGGAAUCUCUACUUAAAGUUAGUACUUAAUUUAGAGGGAAGGAAACAUAGUUUUAUCUAUCCACGGUAAAGGUUUAACAGUAUCGCGUGUACCGACGACUUAUAAUUAUUGUAAUACAGAAAUAAAAUUACCUUUUUUAAUUUAGUUUCGUUUUAUUUAUUUUUUUAGUUAUAAUUCACCUAUGUAUGAGCACCGGCAAGUGUUUUAAGGUAUGCAUUUAAACGCAUGUUAAUUCACUGUAUUCAGCCAUGUUUUAAUCAUUACGCAAUCAUCAUAUUAACGUAUAGAAUUAAGUAGGUAUUAAAGGUCCAAUGUACAACAUAGAUUGUAGACUAGGGAUUACAUAAACGAAAGUACUAAUAACAUUAAAAUAAUAUUUUUCUUGCCGAUAUAAGGAGCUUCUCAGUCCGACUCAAACGGAAGUAAGAAAUGUCUUUUUUAUUUCACAAUAAAACGUUAGCGUUAGUUAUGUUCCUACCUCAAAAAUCACAGACGCUUAAAAUUGUACGAGUUUGUGCACAAUAAGAUUGAGAAAAAUGACUUGUUCUUAAGUUUUAUUUUCUUUUCUGUUAAACAAUAGGCUGGGCGUUAAAAAUAAAAGUAAAUUAUUAAAGAAUAAAUCAUUUUUUUCAUAUAGUGCACUGUAAAGUAAAAAUUUGAAAUUCACUUCAAUUUUAA